GCAGGCGCCGCGUCCGCUCCGCAUCCACUGUGCGAGGCCCGCGACCGCCGGCGUUGAACACACGGCGCGGGGGUCGCCACGAGGAAGCAGGCGGCAGCUGCGCACGGGCCACAGCCUGCUGCCUGCGCUGCUAAACUAGCUCUGCACACCAAAUCUACCCAAUAAGUACUCGAGUCCGGAGACAGUGUUAUUAGCCACCCAAGUACAUAAAUAACAAACAUCAGGCCCGCCAGUCAUACUUCCGACGUGGCGUGUUUCGCGUUUAACAGUUUCCAUUGAAAUACUUCAAUUUUUUCCCCAUGCUAUCCAGAGCAAAGCGUCUCUACGUAUUUUGCACUGUUGACGUCUGAUAAACGUACAUCCAAUAAUUGAUGGCCGCUGCCAUGUCCGCACCGUCAAAAAUUUGUCUCGCAACGAGAAUAUUCUUUCACCUUUCGACAAAUAUUUAACAUAAAAAGCUAUAGCAUUAUAUGAGCGUCGAAACAAUUAGUUCAGAAACUACACAGCAAGAAUCGCCGAUACAGUCACUAAGAAUUACAAAAACAUCAUUAGUUCCAUUACAGUAGUCAUAUAUCUUACGAUAGAGAUGGAGCAACAUAUUAAAUAUUCUAGAAACUUGAGCUACGAGUGGAGCGCGGGAAAUGACGAAAUACAUGGGAAAUUAAUCGUAGCAGACGCAUCCUGUUCGUGUAUAUUUGCCGUUUGCACUAUUAAGUGAGAGAAGAAACUUCGCGACCUAAAAUGUUCCAGUCCGUAGGAACGGCUGCUGACCUCUGAACGUUUCCGUACAUGCGCUCUGGAAGAGACAAGGUCAUGCCGUAAAGUGCGAAACAGCGGAAAACAGGAUCUUCGACACUGCAUCUGCACGGAACGAAGUACCAAGAUGGAGCUGACGCCGCGGGCAUGACGGCGGUCGCUGCCGCCCCCGCCUCCUCCGCCGCCGCCGCCGCCGCCGCCUCCGCGCCGCGCCUGCAGCCGCCUCCGCCUCCACCCGCCGGCCUCGCCCCCCUGCCCAGUCCCCAGCUCUCGCCCCCCGGACUCACGUGCCUGCUGCUGGGACUCGCCAUCGUGCUGGCCGCCGCCUCCUCCGCCCACGCUCUCAGCUCGGACGUCCUCAAAGCAGCCGAUGCCGCCGUCUCCUCGCCCUCCGCCGCCUCAGAUGGCGCUCCAGCCAACUUCCGCCCCCCAGCGGCGAGUUCCCCAUCUCCGGAGCCGCAGCCGCGUGAGACUGCUCUUCCAGAGAAUGCGCUUCCUGCCGCGCGGCCGGAAGCAUCGGCAUCGGAGUCCUCGCCGGUCCCCGUGCAGUGCAAACGUACUCUCGCCAGAGUUUUCGGAGGUGGGGACGUGAUGGCUGUUUCCGACGGCGAGAGGCGACAGUGCGGACAGCUGAUUUCGUCUAGAGGUUUCAUCAGAAGCUCACACUCUGGGAAACGCGAAGAUAGCCAAAAAGCAGCAGCUGCUGAAAGCAUAUCUCGGUCGUCUUCCAGGAAAACAAACUAUAUCGAAAAUGACAAAGUUCCGAUAUUAACUGCUACCAGCCACUUGCAGCGUGUUUACGAUAACAGCCAGCUCGGGAACGAAGCAAGUGUAGGUAGUAACUUUUUCAGUUUGCCCUCCCCUUCCCCUGUGGCGUCAAACUCUUCGCUUCCCUAUAAUACAACCAGCAAUAACAAUAGCAGACAUCAAGGCGAAAGCGAUUUCGAUGUGUAUCAAACGAGAGAUGUGGAACAACUGAGAAACGUUUCGUUUCUUCCUAUUCACCAUCAGCUGCGCAAGAAACCAACAGAAACUAAUCGCGAAACUGUCGUUAGCAAGGCAACAGCCUCUACCAUACUUCACACCGAAAGCCGUAUAUCCAGUUCCGAAAUUACACUUCUACAGAGAGACGACGACAUGUCAUCCGAUAAAUCAGCGGCUCCGAGUAACACGCAAAACACAGCAUGGCUGGACGGUGCCGCGAGUGCAAUUAAAUCUUCUGAAGAAACUUCGGAAGAGUUAAAACCACAUUUUUACGAAUUCUUCGACAGCUUCUUGCACACCUCUGUGGGCGUGAUUCCAAGAGAUCGUAACUGGGACACUAACCCGACGCCUGUUACAACUGGACUUGGGCACAAUGAAGAAACUCUAUCUGUAAGGAAGGCGAUUGGGUAUUAUACAUGGCCAGACUCUGAUAUUGCCGAGUAUGCACUUCCAGACUCUACAGAAGCGAGCCAAGUGGAUGCGAUUUCCCAGCCUGAUGACCAGACGGCAGUGUCAAGCGAUAAGUCGACAAAAGCAGAUCUCGAGUCGGUGCAGAGUUCGGAAUCAACUGGAGAGGUCUGUUUCAUGUCAGGAGGGACUGAAUUAUCUGGAUCAUUGAAGACGUUUUGUAAAGGUGUGACCAGUAGAAUGCGACACGGGGCAGAAGUUUCUCCGGCGUUCGAUGGCGGAGAAAGUGCGCGAGUGAGAACUGAUGGUGUGGUGGUUGACAGAACGUUGCGACCUAUCCCGACUGUGAGUUUGGUUAACACGUGGUCUGAUGUACGUCUGGGGCGCAGUAGUGAAUGGGACGUAACACCUGCAGCGAGUGAUGUUUUGUACGAAAAGAGCGCCGGGUCCUUCCCAGGAACGACAGCACCCCAAGCUGCUAUAAGCGGUCCUCGUCUCCGCCAGCUGAUAUCGCGCUCGCUGGUGAGGAACGAGGAACGGCGGGUGACGGGUCCCGCCCACGGGUUCCUGCAGUCACCGGUGACGGGGCUCGAACCACCGACCCAGACCCCGGGCUCCACUGAGCGCGUGACCAUCCUGGGACUGUUCGAGCUGACGACGCGACGCGGUGUCCGCCUGGAGGGCCACAGCGAGCUGGCCGCAGCCCAGAUGGCGGUCAGGCACAUCAACGAGCGUGGCGUGCUGCCCGGUUUCCACCUAGAGUUGCACACCAACGAUACCAAGUGUGAUCCCGGCGUAGGCGUGGACACGUUCUUCCACGCCCUGUACACGCAGAACUCGACUCGCACCGUCAUGCUGCUGGGCUCCGCCUGCUCUGACGUCACCGAGAGCCUCGCCAAGGUCGUGCCCUACUGGAACAUCGUCCAGGUGUCGUUCGGGUCGACGUCUCCGGCGCUGAGCGACCGCAAGGAGUUCCCCCUCUUCUACCGCACCGUCGCGCCGGACUCUUCGCACAACCCGGCCCGGCUGGCGUUCGUGCGCGGCUUCGGUUGGGACACGGUGGCCGCGCUCAGUCAGAACGAGGACGUCUACUCGCUGGCGGUGAACGACCUCGUGACGGAGCUGGAACAGGCCAACAUCACAUGCAGCGCCACCAUCACGUUCGCAGAGUCCGACUUCGAGGACCAGAUGCGCAUGCUGCGGGAUCUUGACACCAGGAUCAUCAUCGGCAGUUUCUCGCAGCAGGUGGCUCCGAAGAUUUUUUGUGAGGCCUACCAGCUGGGCAUGUUCGGCGGCGACUAUGCGUGGAUCCUGCAGGGCGGCCCCGACAGCCGCUGGUGGCGCAACGCCUCGGCCCCCUGCCCGCCCACGCAGCUGGCCGCCGCCGUCGAGGGCUUGCUGCUCGUCUCCUCGCACAACCGCCUCGUCGGCAGCGCGCCCGCCAUCUCGGGCAUGACGAACGCGCACUUCGUGGAGGAGUUCUCUCGGCGCGCGCUGCCCGUGUCGCCCUACGCGCCGCAGACGUACGACGCGGUGUGGGCCAUCGCUCUGACGCUGCGCGCCGCGCACCUCCGCUGGGCCGGCGCCACCACCGUGCGCCACUUCGACUACUCGCGCCGCGACAUGGCGCAGGAGUUCCUGCGCCAGAUGGGCCGCCUCAGCUUCCUCGGAGUCUCGGGUCCAGUGUCGUUCAGCGGCGCCGACCGCGUCGGCAUCUCAGCGUUCUACCAGGUACAAGGUGGCGAGGUGGUGACGGUGGCGCUGUUCGACCCUGCGACGGGCACGCUGGACUUCGGCUGCCCCGGCUGCGGCGCGCUGGCGUGGCAGGGCGGCCAGGUGCCGGUGGCGCGGCGCGAGUUCCGGUUGCGCGUCGUCACCAUCGAGCCGGCCGCCUUCCUCAGCGUCGCCUGCCUCGCCGUCGUCGGCAUCUCGCUCGCCGUCGCCUUCCUCGCCUUCAACCUGCACUUCCGCAAACUCAAGUACAUCAAGCUGUCGAGCCCGCGCCUCAACAACAUGGCGGUGGUGGGCUGCAUCCUGGUGUACACGGCCGUCAUCCUGCUGGGCCUGGACCACGCCACGCUGCCCGCCAGCACGCACUUCCCCGCCGUCUGCACGGCACGGGUUUACCUGCUGUCAGCUGGUUUCUCCUUGGCUUUCGGUUCCAUGUUCACGAAGACGUAUCGUGUGCACAGGAUCUUCACCAGGAGUCGCAGCGGAGUCGUAAAGAAUAAGCUGCUGCAGGACACGCAGCUAAUAUCGCUGAUCUGCGUGCUGCUGCUGAUCGACGGUCUGAUCGUGACGCUGUGGGUGAUCGUGGACCCCAUCCAGCGCCACUUGCGCAACCUAACGCUCGAGAUAAGCGCGUCCGACCGCAGCGUCGUGUACCAGCCACAGGUGGAGGUGUGCCGGUCGCAGUACACGCACUCGUGGCUGGGCGCGCUGUACGCCUACAAGGGCCUGCUGCUCGUCGUGGGGGUCUACAUGGCCUGGGAGACGCGGCACGUGAAGAUCCCGGCGCUGAACGACUCGCAGUACAUCGGCAUGAGCGUGUACAGCGUGGUGAUCACAAGCGGCAUCGUGGUGGUGCUGGCCAACCUCAUCUCGGAGCGUGCGACGCUCGCCUUCGUCACCAUCACGGCGCUGAUCCUGACGUCGACGACGGCGACGCUCUGCCUGCUCUUCCUGCCCAAGAUGCUGGCCAUCCUGGGUCGCGCCGCGCACGCCGACCCCAUCGUCGAGAGCAUGGGCCUCAAGAUAGAGUGCAACACCCGCAGGUUCGUGACGGACGACCGGCGGGAGCUGUACUACCGCGUGGAGGUGCAGAACCGGGUGUACCGGCGGGAGAUGGCCGCGCUCGACCUCGAGAUCGGCCGCCUCAAGCGGCAGCUGUUCGACUCCCCGGCGGCCUCCUCUGCCGGCUCCACGUCUUCCGUGGGCACCAGGCGGGGCGAGCUGUCGCCGCUGGAGGCGACGGCGCUGGCGCGACUGAGCAUCGACGAGGCGAUGCCGAACCCGGCGGCCGGCGUGGGCGGCGGACUGCCGCUGCUGCUGCUGUCGGUGCUGCCGCCGGUGAUCCCGCGCGCCAGCUGGCCCUCGGCCGACCGCGGCCAGCUGCCCAUGCGCCGACAGGUCACCUUCAGCUCCGAGCCCAAGCUGGACGACAACGCGGCCGCCGCCGUCUGCUCCCAGCCCGCGCCCUCCGCCCACGGCGACUACGACGACGUCGCCAGCUUCGACCACGACGGUGACGUCGACGCGGAUGUGGAGGGACUGCACGGCGCCAAUCGGAAGCAGGGAGUCUUUGGGCGCAUCUGGAGCUUCUUGGGGAGCAGUCGCCCUUCCAGUCGCAAGGCGUCGGCGACAUCGUUCAGCGGCGGCGGCGGCGGCGGCGGCGCUGGGAUCGCGUCGGCGCUGCGGCUCCACAUGGGCUACUUGUCCGGCUUGGUGGCGGGCAGCGGACCCGUAGGCCACCACGGCGGCUCCGGGGCGUCCACACUCAGCCACAGCCAAUGCGCGCUCGGAACAGCGAUGGUGCCGGCGUCAUCGCGCGAGCUGCACCCCCUGAAGAAGCUGAGCAGUGCCGGCAUAGCCACGGGCGGCAGCGGGCCCAUCAUCAGCGUCACCUCCAACGACGAUGCCGACGACGCCGACGUGGGUCGCCGAAAGUUCUCUCUCGGCAUGUGUCUCUCCAGGGACCUGGACGGCGGCCCCGUAGGCAGCCCGUGCGUGCUGUCCAAGGAGGCGCUGCGGCGCGCCAGCGCCGGGGCGUCGCCGCGGCCGCGCGCCGGCAUCCACCACCAGCACUCGCAGCCCAACCUGCCGUUCCGCGAGCGAGCCAGGGGGUCGCCGCGCUUCCCGCACCGCGUCGUGCCCGCCUGCAGCCUGACGGCGCUCGACAGCCGGCGCAAGAGCAGCGCCAGCUUCGCGCAGCUGCUGCAGCAGCAGUACCAGCUGCAGGUGCAGCGCCGCCGCAGCAGCCACCACCACCACCUGCACGUGCGCCACGGCCACCAGCGCGCCGACCUGCUCGACAAGUGCCGCUCCCUCGAGGACGCCCGUUCCUUCCACGGCGGGUCGGCCGCUGCGCACGCUGCCCUACACCAGGUGUCUGGGUCGAACUGGAAACCCCGUGCUGCCAGCUACAGCCCCAACUGUGACGUUUGGGGAACGGCGGAGUUCGGCAUCCCUCUGAGUGAACUGGCCAACAGCAACCGCGGGCGAGACCGCGACAGCGCUCCCAACGUCAAGGACUAGGAACAGAACCACCUGAAGAGGUGCAGCUGCUACGAACCACCUGCGUCUGCCACGCCACGUCUGGUCGCUCGACUCCACCUGCUACCACUGCCUUGUCUAACGAGGUUCUUGGUUACCACGUCUUAUAAUCGAAGUACUUCUGCUUGUCCAACACAGAGGCCACUGUGGUCGCAAUAGCCUGCGUCGUCCCAGCGGCCACGCUCUGGCUACGACGGAGAAAUGCAGUUUGCUGCUCCCGUGAAGCUACAGUCCUAAUCCACGAUGCGUUGUGAGCGGCUGAUUUGAUCAAAAAGUUCCAUGAGCACGUCUAGAACCCAAUUAAAUUUUUCCCGUAUGUCUCUUCAAACUGCCCUAAUUAUCUUCUCAUCUCAAUUACUGUCACAGCUGCUACAACAGCAUACUUAGAUUACGUGCCUAGAGUAUUUAUUCAUCAUCAAAUUAACGGAACAUAACUACAGACAUAAUGAGUCAAUACGACAAGGUGGAGAUCAUCUGUCAAACAGCUGGGCUCUGCCGGAAAAACGUCCAACACUUCACGUAAUGCGGCAUGCCACUGAACAAUCUCGGUUCGAGGAUCACAUCCUACAUAAUGAUAAACUCCUGGAAGGAGAUUAAGAGAGGAAUUGUUGGAUCAAACAAGCAGUACCCAAGAAGAACACUAUUUAUGCAACCCAGUUUCCUCAGCUAGAAUAAUGUUAACAGAUAUCAUCGGCGUCGAAAGCUACAUCCUGACAUUUUUAAUUCAAAUUUCCACGUGUAGUCUCCCUCUCCAGUCGUCUUCUGCGCAACAUCACAUAAUGUGGAAUUUAUUUAUAACGUGUUAUUGCGUUUCAAACUCUACUCAACUCAGGUGUGAUGUUUAUAUUUUUAUUUCUUUGAAAGAGAAUGUGAAGCUUCAUCCUCCUUACGGGCCAUUUUGCACAUAACCAUUCUAUAUUUCUGGCUACGGAGCGAAAAUAAGAAAAGGAAGUCAAGGGGAAUAGUGUAAUACCAAGGAGUCGGAAAUUCUUCGUUCGCCGCUGGUAUAAUUGCUUCUCCCCUAAAAACGUAAAUUUCAACACAACGGUUGUAAUUUGCUAAUUAACUGCAGACAUGUUGUGCGACGUUACGCUACUUGUACGCUCUGGUUAAAGAGUAAAUUCGUACCAGCACAAACUUGUGCGUACGUAAUUGCAAUGACGCUUUCAACCGUAUCAAACGCAAGGGUUGCGCUACAUUUGGCUAAUAACUGCUUUCAGAAAAUCUUAUGAACGAUUCCCACACUAGCAAACGACUUUUCCUGUGCUGUCUGACCGAAAACCAGUUACCACGACAGAAGGUGAGAAUAGAAGUGAAGCAGAGAAAAUAAUUUGAUUGGGAAUUGAAGUUAGCUUAAAUUUCAUUCACUCUAAAUGCAAGACUGGACUAUGACUCCUUACAAUGGUAAAUAAGAUUAUUACUAUGAACCCUGUAAGUUUUUACAGCAUCCUUUCUUACUUUGUAUGUUCUUACAAUAAUAUGCUGUAGCACUGACACACGCUACUUUAUGUUGCGUGGGCGAACAUAGUAGUAGGUUUUUAACUGUACGUUCUCAAUAACUGCGUCCCGGAGAACAAUACGUGUUUUUUUCUCACUCAGUAAUAGUAAUAUCUGAUGGACAUUAGAAACAUCAGAAAACUUAAAAUUAGCAAAAUAAGUACUGCAUUCCUGGAGCAACUAAGACAAAGAAAACGGACUCUUCCUUCUUACGUAAUAUGUUAGACCUAUUGCUAAAACACUGUUUCCAUGCAGAGUAGUACAUCUGUAUAAAACUAGGGCCAUUUUAAUUAUUUGUUUUUGUUAUGUCAUAGAGUCAGCGUCUUCUACGGACGCAUGAGCGGUAUGGUCUUCCUGAAUAUCCAGUCAGUAAAGCAAUCUAUUCUGUUUAAACAUCAUUUCACUACAGAAAACAAAAACAGAAACUUUGUACUAGCGGGCAAGUAAACUUUGUCGAAGUGUCAUCGCAGGAAUGAUCAAGGUAAAUCUUCACAUUGAGAAAAUUGGCAUGAUACGAUGCUGUUACAAGAAUCGUCCUUAAUAACCAUGGAACUGUGAAGACACCAAUAUAUUUCCAGUAUAAUCUCAUUUAAUGAGACAAUUACGGAAAUUACACUGUAAUAUAUAGUUUCUAAUUAGUCUGUCUAUAACAAAAGAAAAUUGGACUAUAAAAUAUGAAUUUGUUGUGCAAAUUCAUUGACAAAAUGUCGUUCAAAAGUUAGAUGGAAGAAAGGAGACAAACAAGAAGUCCAACCACAUUAAUUUUAUUCGUUUAUCAUCUGGAAGAAGAUGUUGUGUAUUUGUAACACUUCUUCUAACCAACAUUGUUUUAGUCGAUAUUUUUUUGCGUAAAACCGAAAAGAAUGAAACAGCUGUUAAAUUAUAUAUUUUUUGUGUGCCUUUACUUUACAUUUUAAUCAAAUUAAAGACAAAUUUUUGUUUUGUUAUCAAUAAUCUGAGCCUAUUAAUUCUUUCGUAGGAAUAUAUCUUUCCACCUUAGAGAACAUUUAGCAUGAAAUCUGUGUUCGUACAUCCUUGUAGCAACUUUUGGGUGAUUCUUUCAAGCCAUUAUUACACCACGCAUAUCUUUCAAUAAAGUUAUAUUUUGUGACAGGGACAUUCAUGAUAUCAUGCGUAAAUGAUAUUUUGUAUACUAAUGUUUAUCUUUCGUUGUGCGAAAGUAAAUGAACGAUGGUUAUGGUAGAAAUAUAUUUUAAGUUUAAAAAUAUCUGAUGUCACCCACAAGAAAAUUUCUUCCACGGUUUCUACGACUUUAUUUUGUAAAAUGUUUCUCGGUGAGAUAGUUCUUAAGCGAUCCAUGCUCAUAAUACCGGUACUCUUAAUGAAAAUUAGUAUUCCUCAUGACGAAUGUUUUCCCUCAGCCGCGUCCAAUGAAAUACUUGAUCUAUUUUCGGAGAUAUUUUACAUGUGUUGUAGUGAAAUAAUGGCUUAUCCUUCUACAUUCAAAGUCCUUGUUGUUCAGAUCUGUAUAAAACGUUAGAACUACCUUUAAUUUUAAUCCCUCGCCGAAGGUAAUAAUGUGUCAAACGACUGUACAUGUAACUCGAAGAUGAGCAAUAAACUUUCAAUUUUCAUUGUGCAAUUAAUGUAUAAACUGAAAGGCAAUCAUAUUUCAUGUGAUCUAUAUGAAUGUUAAACGCUUCUUCUCUCUUGGCACUAUUGUUUCUGUAGACCUAAGUGAACUGAUGUCAAUAUAUUUUCCACUUUGUAACAUGUGGGAAGCAUUUCUCUCAAGUGCCAAGCAGUAAAAAUAUUACUAUUUUUUGUUCUGUAGAAUAUAACUAAGUCUAUUGCUGUUGAUUGAUGAAUAGAUUAUUAAAAGGAGCAUCGUUUUUG